AUGGCUCGUAAAGGACAAGUUACUAUUCAAGAAACGGUGGAAACGAAUGAAGAAUUUGAGGAAGUCCUUAAUGCCAAUUAUGAUAAGCUUAUUUGUAUGGAAGUGUAUUCUGACUUUUGUGGACAUUGCCUGGCCACUGGUAACGCUAUCCGAAAAGGUAAACUUGAAAUAGGGCAAGAUCGUAUAGCAAUGGUCAAGGCACUAGCUGAUAAGAUAGAUGCUUUAUCAAGAUUCAAGAACAAAAGUGAACCAACAUUUCUUUUCAUUUCGAAGGGUAAACUAAUACGUGCAAUGUUUGGAGCGAAUGGAUUGGAAUUGUGUCGAAUAAUAGAAGAGGAAAUGUUACAAAUGCAGCGUGAAAUAGACACUGGCAUAGAGCGACCAAAACAAGAGAUAAAUGAAUUAUUACCAGAAGAAGCUGCAAAAAUUGAAGAAGACCUAAAAGUUGAAGAGGAAAUGCGUGAAUCCGCUGAAAGACUUCGUGUAUUAACGCUAGCUGCUAGAAAGAAGAGGGUCUGUGAACGUCUCUCUAGAUACGUUAAAGGAUUGAACUUUAUACUCUAUUGGCCACAUUGCCAUAAAGCGCAUUUAGAUUUGUAUGAAAAGUGGGAUUUGAUUAAUGUUCAAGUGGCGGGUAAGGAAACUAUGCAGAUGACUGAAGAAGGUAUUAAAGAGGCGUUAUACAUGAGUGAUGUGGACCCAAACGAGGCCUGCAUCCAUGCACUGAUGAACGGAGAAGCUCUGAUAGUCCUUUUUAAGAUGUUUGAUAAUGAUGAUCGUGACUUUGUCAAGCUAAUGCGACACACACUUUACGAAGAGAUCCCAGUACCUAAAGAGGACGUUCCUCCAGAGAAGCAAGUUCCACCAAUACCAGCCUAUGAACGUUAUGCCACUGUCAGCAAAACUGCGAGGGAAGUACGCAGAGAGAGAUAUGAAGCUAAAAUGCAGAAGUUGCGUGAAGAAAGAGAAGAACGGGAGCGAUUGGCCGCCGAACAAGCUCGACUUGCGAGAGAAGCUGAGGAAGAGAGACAGAGAAUAGAGAAGCAGAGACAAGAGGAGGAGAGAAUUGCUAGAAUUCAAGCUGGGUUGCCAGCAGAGCCCGAACCAGAGCCGGGGGAGGAAGCUGUUGAAGGCGAAGAAACAGAAAAGGCUGAAACUGAAGCGACGGAAGAACAAGAGCAGAUAGAAGAAGAACAAGUAGAAGCAGAAGAAGAGUUUCAUUCUGACGUAUCUAUAGAAGGAGAAGACUAUAUUCCACCUGGCGGGCUCUUAGUGCCAGGAUUAUAUUCACCGCCGAACGAACUAGCUAAAGCCAAUGGAUUAGCUUACUUUUAUCCAAAGGUCGUGGAACAAAUAACACCAAUAGAAUCAGAAUAUCUUCCUCCCCACGUCCUGGUGAUGUUCACUAUUGACAAGCGCCAGGAAGUUAAAGAAGUGAUGGAACAGUUUCCCGGUGAAAUUCUUAACUACGGCAUCUUUGUAGGAGACGACCCACAUAAUGCAGAACAUCUUGCCUAUACGAUAAAACAAUAUGACAAGAUUACGAGAGUUCGAAAACACAAAGAUCGCCUCGCGGUGAUGGUGUCACGAAAACGCAGUCUCCCGCUCCUUCAGCUCGCAGGUCUAAACCCUUGCUACAUCAGUCACGACGUGGUCUCAGGAGAGAAAGACUGUCUGACACUCUUUCCAGUGGGUUAUGGAGACGAUUACGAGGAUGAAGAAAGUGUAAAGGAAGAAGAGAUUAAGGAAAUUGUGGCGGAACCGGUCGCGGAGCCCGAGCAAGAAGAGGUGGUAGAACCAACAGGAGAAGAAGAAGAGGAAGAAGAUGAAGACUGA